AUAAAUAUAAAUGUACAUAUAUACAUAUACACAUAUAUAUAUAUAUAUAUAUAUAUAUAUAUAACUUAUUUUUAUAUUCUUGAUAAACGGUUGGCGAUCUUUUGACCACGUUGCGAUUGACUAUCAGCUACUCACAAGGCUUGAACAGUAGAAAAACUCUAUGCACCGGGUGCUGUGAAUGACUGUGGUCAAUCGCAACGUGGUCGAACGAGUUACUCCCUUGACAUUUAUGUACACACACGCACGAAGGCACCCACGCACGCACGCACGCACGCAUGCAGGCACGCAAUUUAUCAUUCAAGCAAGUGUGUGCAAGACACGUGUGUGAUAUUUAAUUGCGUCACAUUGCGACAGAAAGCAUUGAACAUAUGUACGAAUGUAAAUAUGCUUAUCAUAAGGAUUUCCUUGUGCUCGAGCGAAAUACUCAAGGCCAUCCCUGGUACAUUUGCAAUAUUUGUAACGGUACGCGUUUUCGGUCGGUUCGGUGCGGUGCGGGAACUUCGGGAUCGGACCGGAUAAGGCUCGUCGGUUGGUCAGGUGUCCGUAAUGAUUAUACCCAGUGUUUUAAGUAGAAAAAGCUAGAGAAUGCUUUAUUACUGAACAUAACAAUUGCAAAGAAGCGUUAACAAAAUGAAUGAGAGAACAAAAUAAAAGAGAUAGUAAAGAGAUAAUAAAGAGAUAAUAAAUAGAUAAUAAGGAGAGCUCGUCCAGUCAAUCGCUGGUAAUCGGAUUACUAGUUGCGCGGCGGAGACUAAAGGUUUAUCCACGCGGUUUACAUCUAAACGAAAGAACUUAACUAUCUAUUUACACGCUUCGGCUAGACUAGUGUAGAGUCCUAUAUGAUCAGAGAAGCGACAACUCUACCCCCACCUAGAGUCCUAUACCACCACCAUGGUUCCUAUCGGGCCCACAGCUGAAAAAACUAACCUCUGAAGCGUCGUCUACAAUACGCGGAGUAAAAAGAACCAGUUCAUUAAAUAAAAAUGGAAAAACAAUGUAACGAGACUGAUACUACUUCUGUUCAAGUAUCAAAUGAAUAUUCUGCAAAGAUUCGUGCUAUUGAAGAGAGACAUUCAAUCCCUUUUCUAUUUUCCAAAACAGAAUGCUAUACAAUUGAGGAAAUGAAAUUGCAGUGUAGCAAAGCAUCACAAGUUAUUCAAGAUCUGAGAGUUGAACGUGACUUAGGCCUGCAGCAGUUAUGUAAGAUGUUCAGUGAGAUUGCCAAAAUGGAGAAGGCAUUGCGCAAGUUACAGUCUACCGCUACUAAAUGUAAUUCCAAGAAGUGUACAACAAGGAAAUAGACCUAAACACUUGUGUUCAUUGUGUCAUAUUAUUUGUAAUAUUUUUCUGAUUACGAGUUUUAUAAUCAUCCGUUAUAUUUGUUAUACCUCAUACUGUCUUUAAAAUAAAUGGCAAUCAUACAUAA